AUGGCUGCCUCAACACAGAAUGUGCUUGAGGGUAUCGAACGUCGGCGAAUCGAGCUUCAGGCAAAUGUCGACAAGCUCCAAAGGGCGUUGAGUCAGUGGACAACCUGGGAGGCCGAGUAUAGGGCUCUUAAAGCGGAGUUGCAGCAUGCCCACGAUCCUUCACCUAAACAGAUGCGCGACAUCGCCCGUAACUUGGGCGGGUUCCUGCUCAACGAGAAGGAGUUCGAGGAGCUACUGGGCAAGGAUUCAAAGACCAAACGCAGUGCUAAUCAAGUCAUUGAUGUUAUAUCUAGGCGCAUUGACUAUGUCCAGCAGAACAGCGCUACCAUAGAGAAGCAACUUGACUCUGCCGAGAAACAGCUCGCAGGAGUUGAUAUAUUACUGGAGCCUGGGAUGCACAACGAGGAAGGCUUACCAAUGAUGGACAUUGAAGAAGAGUUGGACGAUGCUGGCAACGAAGUUUCGAGCUCGAUCAACCAGACAGGGAAGGGUGCUGCAGAGGUUGUCGAAGCGUUGAGGAAGGCGGGCUUGAAGAAAGCCGAGCUAGAAAAGCUGCCCUCAGUAUCUGAAAAAGAAGAACCCUUUAGAAGCUCUGAGGCACGGAACAAUUUGUCAUCAAUCAAAGAGCCGCCCAACUCAACAUCAGUUCACUCUGGGUCCACGACAUCGAGGUCAGAUUCACCAUCGAAGAGAGUAUCGUUCGCUGGAGGAGAGCCGAAAAGAACCAAGCUGUCCAAUGCGAAGGAAGCCCUCCAACAGAACGGUUACGACGAAGACCUUGAUACCCUCAACUUCAACAGUGGCACAAAGGUCAUCCAGCUUGAUGAUAACGAUGACAUGGUGGCCUCUUACCCAGUCAUUCCACAAGGGGAAUCCCCCGAGGAUGCUGAAUUGCGAAGGCAAAUGUUGCAGUAUGGGCUUUCUGAAGUAGGCAAGGUCGUCGCUGAGCUGGAUCUCGAUCGUCCCACCGCUUCCUAUCCAGAAGAUGACUUUGAUGAAGAUUCUGAUUUUAAUGACUACGGCACGGAAACUGACGAUGACGAGGAAGAGGACGAGUACGGCCGCACAACCAAACCUGUCGUUACAGAAGAGUACAGAAGGCAAAUGUUGGAACUUGAAAAGAAGCUGAGUGCACGCAUGUUGGAGAACGUUGGGCCUACGCCAGAAAACCAGCCACUCGCGGAACAUACCAGUGACUUUCGCACCAUGCGCGUGCGCAAAGAUGAUGAAUUUGAUCAAUCCCUGAGCGUAGCAGAGUCUGGGGCUACGCAAGCAGCUACCGGCGAGUCGCCAAAGAGAAAGAAGGGUGUCCGCUUCGCUGCAAGCCUGGAUAUUUCCGACGCUCUACAACCAACCCCUAAAUCAGUCAUAGAAGAAGAGACAGCCAGGCCUACAAUAUCAGAUACUAUUGUAGAACGGCCCUUAUCACAGAGUGAAUCCGCAGCUCAACGACCGAAGCCGGCCAAGGUAUCCCGGUUCAAAAGCGCACGAGCUGGAUUGAACGCACCACCAAAGAUACUGCCAAUGCCAGCUGUCGUGCAGACUCCAGCCAUACCGACAGGUCCAGCUGGCCGAACGCUGGCCAGCACGAUCACCGAGCACCUUCCAGGGCCUGCCGAACCCCGGGCCCCUGAAGAAUUCGAUCGAGUACUCAUCCAGCGGGAAGUGCAAACCGAGUAUCACAAGAUGCGAAACAGGUUUAUUCAGCAACAAGGAGGAUUCAAGGCCACGGAAGAGGACGAAGAAAGGCCAAUUGUAAAGGAGCGAGAUGGAAAGACGAAGAAAGUAAGCCGGUUCAUGACGGCUCGAUUGAAGGCUGAAGUUUAUUGCAGAUUGGAUUCUCGUGUGAUCGUUGAGGCUUCCUUGGUUAUGCCUGGCUUUGUUGCUUGUGAGCAUGGAGAUGAAGUGGAGGCGAAUGGAACAUUUCAUGCCCGUGAGAGAUACUAUACUCGUGUAUACUGCUCACAUUACAAUGAUUCCUAG